AUGUCCUGGGUACAAGUUGCAGUCAGCCGAUCCAGUGAGGAUAUAUUUGAUGAAGAUGCAGAUGAGAUGUAUCUACUGCAGAAAGAAUGGAACAGCACCAUGAAAAAAAGAUUGAAGGAAGGCUAUAGGGAUGGAGUUGAGGCUGGGAAAGAACUCACACUCCAGGAAGGCUUCAAUCAAGGUUAUAGACACGGUGCUGAGCUGAUGGUUACCUGUGGCCAGUUCAGAGGAACCCUGAAUGCUCUCUUAUCCUGGUGUCAGCUUAAUGGACAUGAUUCUGCCUUAAGUAAGAUAAAUAAUCUUCUCGAGGUGAUUGGAAAGCAUGAAGAAGAUGUGCUUAAGUAUCUGAAUUCUAUCGAACAGCCACAUCUCGGACACAUUCUAGAUUCUGUUCAGGACAUGGACCUUAAUCACACAGCUCCAGCUGGGACAGAGUACCAUGAAGUUAAAGCUGGAAAACACGAAGAUGUUGGCAGCUCUGCUGAAAACAUUUGUAGAAAUAACAGUGAGGUUGGUUCCUUGCAGUCUGAGUGCAGCAAGGCAAAAGUCUGCGUGGAUACUGAAAGGUCAACCCUUGCUUGGGUUAAAAAGCAGACUAUUUGGCUAGUAGAGCAACUGGGCUUACCACUGGAUAUACUCCAUCAUGUCCAGCAACUGUCACAUUAG